AUGGAUACAGCAUCAACUAAUUUAGCAGCUUUGCUUCACAAGUUAUGUGUUAGUUUGUCACCAGAUCCAGAUGGUGCGUAUGAAUUGGCAGUAUCAUAUUUAUCAUCAACCAGUGAAAAAUCUCGGACUAACCUUGAUGAGAGGCUGCUUUGUCAGAAAAUUCAAUCUAGAUUGACAACUAUGUCUACAAGGGAUGUUGAUAAAUUUAAUGAGUGUUAUACAAAAUUGAAAAGCUCUUUUGUUUUGAAACAGCGUGUUUCAAUUAUGGCUUUGCUUUUAGCAUUGUCAGAGACACCACAGCAAUCUGAAUCAACUCAGCAACUUUUUCCUAUUCCUCAGUUAGCUUCAAUAUCAAGUAUUGGUUUUCCUGGUGGAGCAUCAAGUUCAAGCAAAAGUACAAUAGGUUCAGUAAGUUGGGACAGCCAGGGAGCUCCUAAAAAUGCUGGGUCGAAUCAGAGUCUAUCUUCGAACAAAACCAAUAUGGCUUUGAUGAUACCUGCAAAAGUAAAUGACAACAAGUGUGUUCGUGAUGCAGUAUUGGCCGCUACAGGUGUAAAGACUAAGGGUAUUUGCACUGCAUCAAGGCCAAUGCAGAUGAUGUAUUCACGUAUCGCUCAUCUUGGUUUCCUACAUGAUAGACUUAAAGAAUUUAUUGAUCCUAACUCAGGACUUAUGCCCCAAGGACUAAUGGGAGAGGGUCUGGUUGCAUCUAUAAGGGACGAACUUACAGAAUAUUACAGGAGUGUUGCAUUACUUCAGUCACAAUAAUGUCUUUAGGCAUGUGAUGGUGGAACGUUACGGCGUGUGUGUGUUUGGGCGCAAGAGCCGUUACAUCGUCUUACGUGGCUUGCUAACAUUGCUCACACAGUACAUCAUAAAAAAGGUGGUGAGCUAGCGUCAUGCAUACACCGCUUUGUGCGUCACGGUGACGAGCGUGUAGCAACACUAGCGCGUCGAUUACUCACAGCUCUCACAUACCCGCUACUAUUGAUGCUUACCAGAUGGCUAUUGCACGGAGAAAUAGAUGAUCCAUUCAAUGAAUUCUUCAUUGAGAGCAGGUCUGGUGUUCCUAUCGACAGGAUGUGGCAUGAUAAAUACAGAGUGAGAGAAUGGAUGGUGCCGUCGUUUAUGUCGCGUGAACAAGCGGCUCAGAUACUGGCGACUGGCAAGAGUGUCGUAUUUAUGCGGGAAGCAUGCGCAGACGAGCCCAUCGGACCCAGCGAUCACGCUCAUCACUUACAGGACUUACUAAAGUCGCACACUGGUAUUGCGGUCAAUGAGGGCGCCGCGUGGUGGGAGGCGGAGGGAUUACGCGCUGGCGUCGCUGCCGCUCACACGGCGGCUUCUCAGCGGCUACUGGCCGCGCUCACUACACACCAUCAUCUGUUGGACCACCUGGCGGCGCACAGGCGCUAUCUGUUGUUGGCCCAAGGCGACUUCGUGCACCAUCUAAUGACCCUUUUACAGGAUGAAUUGAAUAAACCAGCGACGGCGCUUUACGUACAUAACCUGACGUGCACACUGGAGGCGGCGGUGCGGGCCACUAACGCACAGUUUGAACCACCACAUGUACUCGCUAGAUUACAUGUCAACUUAUAUCCGAAUUGCGACGGUCGUGACGACUGUGGAUGGGAUGUGUUCGCUCUCCAGUACCGCGUGGACGGACCGCUAGGCACGCUAUUCCCGGCCACGUGCGCCGCUAGAUACCGCGCGCUGUUCACGCAACUAUGGCGUGUGAAACGUAUAGAAUACGGGCUACAUGACGCGUGGCGUGAGCAUACCAUACUGCAGAAGCGUCUCAAAUAUAUGCCCGAGGUGUGGGGUCUGAUGCGACGGGUGUCAUGUUUACGUGCGGAGGCUCUACGUUUAUGCAGCGCCUUACAGGAGGCUAGUUGCGUGGGGGCGGAGCCCGCGUGGGCUGAACUAUUAGCGGCUGCGGCUGAUAGACACGACCUGGAUACAUUACUGCGGUUACAUCACAACGCGCUAGAUCGACACUCCAUACACGCGAUGAUUCAUCACACCACACAGGAACUACAGUCUUAUUUAGGCAACGUAUUAAAUGAAACAUUGGCGUUAAGAAGUUUCGAGUCCACUCUUCAUAAUGGAAUAAAUGUUGAGCUAGAACGGCGCGAGCGCAUCGAACAAAUGAAAGCGGAGAGAGUUGCGCGAGGAGAGUAUGCGUUCACUGCUGCCGACGAAGCUCAGGACAAAGAGAAAAGAAAGAUUUUCCAUCAGUUCUUAGCUAGCCGUAAGGCUGAUUUGAAUGUGUGGGCGCGGACAUACAGAGGUCACGUGACCACUCUGAUCCUGAAGCUGGCGUUGCACACGGAAGUUUCGCUGCAAACGCUCGCGUUCCGCCUCGACUACAGCGACUUCUACAAACGCGGCGACGCGAAACUUCAUGAGCCCCUCACCUACCAACACAAGCGACUCAGCGAGAUCGGACUCAAUUUGGCCAAGGUGAGACUA